CGGAAGUGUAAGUGAUAACACACACAACCGCUGGCGGAAUGGUGAUAGUUGUGACUGCUAAAGCAGGUUUCACCUUUAGAAUAAUGAUUUUGUCAUUGUUUUUCAUGUGUUUUCCGUGUCUACCGUUUUAUUCUUCAGCCAAGAUAAAUGACAGACCCAUUAUUGGUGUCCUGGCUCAAGAAGUUUAUUCUCAAAAACCAAAUCAAACUGCUUACAUUGCUGCCUCUUAUGUUAAGUUCCUGGAGUCCGCAGGAGCAAGGGUUGUACCUGUCAUGAUUAACCAGCCAAUGGAGGAGUAUAAGAAGCUGUUUAACUCCAUUAAUGGGAUCCUUUACCCAGGCGGAGGUGUCAGCAUUAUUUCAUCCGGUUAUGAAAGAGCUGCAAAAAUCUUUUAUGAACUUGCUAUUGAGGCAAACAGCCAAGGCGACUACUUUCCCGUGUGGGGCACCUGUCUUGGAUUUGAGCAACUGAUGUAUUUGACAAGUGAAAAAACAAUACUGUCGCAAACAAAUACAAGCGGUGUGGCAUUGCCUCUGAACUUCACUAAUGAAAUCAAAGACAGUAGGAUGUUUAAAGACUUCCCAGCUGAACUCAUUGAAGAUCUGGCCACUGAGGCUCUGACAGAAAACUCUCACAAGUGGAGUUUGGCAGUGUUGACUCAUAACUCAACUGAGGAGCUGAAAAUGUUUUACAAAGUUCUCUCCACAAAUACAGAUGGAAAAGUGGAGUUUGUAUCAACUGUAGAAGCAUAUGAUUACCCAAUUUAUGGGACACAGUGGCAUCCAGAGAAAAAUGCAUUUGAAUGGACAAGGCCUUAUAUUCCACACUCUCCAUCAGCAAUCAAGACUACCUUCUACCUGGCACAAUUCUUUGUCAGUGAAGCCAGGAAGAACUUUCACAAAUUUGAAUCUGAGGACGAAGAGAGCAACGCGUUGAUAUACAACUACAAUCCUGUUUUCACUGGGCCCAAAAGUGGCUUCGAGCAAAUCUAUUUUUUCUGAUUUUUUACUCUCGAUAUAUAACAUUGCAAUAUAUUUAUGCUAAUGGAGGGUAGGAUCAUGCUUUGUGGAUGCUGUAGCUGGUUUUACAGAUGAGUAAUUAAAUGACAGAUAUUACAAAAAGGGGCCUUUUAUAUAAUCUUUUAAUAACUUUAUGACGUUUACUUUCAAUUUUUUGGUAAGAUGUACUAUUAUCUCCAAAUUAUGUUGUAAUUUACUCCUUUUACGCUACAGCACCAGUCUGACAGAAAGACAGCUACCUACCUAAUAGCAAUAAUUAAACUGAGCUGAAAAGAGAGUAAAUGCUGGACUCACAUUUGACGGAUCACUGGAAACAUGCCUUCAAAUGAAUGUUGAUUUUGCUGUCUGUCUGCUACACCUGUAAAUAGGAAAUUGUUGGAAACAUUUGAAUAACUUUAUACAUUGAUACUGUAUAUGUAAAUGUUGUGUUCUUCGUUCGUUCAAAAAAAUCACCACCGCUUUAAAAUUCACAAUAAAACGGACGAGCCAAAAACA